UGCAAUAAAAUAAAUGUGCAUAUUUUAAAAUUAGUAACAAGCAACAACAAAAAAUAGUGACAUAUCGCAUAAAUGCGCAUUUGAGUGGGUGUUCGCGAGCAAAAGUAUAUACAUUUUCCGUUGUGCUCGGCGUUUAUUUACUUAUUGUUGUCAUUAUUUAUCUCUUGUGUGUCAGUUAUUAAGUGAUUAUUAUCGAAUUAAAUCCAAUGAUUUGUGGCAAAAUGUUAUGCAUGUGAUGUGUGGCAUAAAGAAUGAAAUGUAAUCAUUGACACAUAAUCAAGAACAAAGGUCAAAAUCAUCGAGCAUCUAAAUCAAGAGGAGCAAAUUGAUUUUAUUUUAUUUACCGAACAGAAAAUGGCAAUAAAGUGACAAAUAGAAAAGAGUUUGUGAAAAGUGUUAUUAUUUGAAAUUUCCAUAAAUGACAAUUCGUGCACCUGAGCCGGCAGAAGAAAACAAAUAAUAGUAAAAGUAUCAUGCUGCUUGGAGCAUCAAAUCAUUGCAGUUCGGCUGCAGCUGCGGCAGCUGUGGCUGCAUCAAAAAAUGGCACAGACUUUUCAAUUGCGGCUAUUAUGUCCAGAGGCUCACUCAGCCGAGAACCAUCAGAACGUAGCUCUAGUCCAUUAUCGGUGGAUCGAUAUGCAGAAAUAGAUGAUGAGGUCGAUGUUGAACAAUGCAGCGAUUCAGAAUCAACCCGAAAUACACAGAAAACCGCACAAACAUCAAUAGCUUCACCGUCAUGCGCAUCGGAUGAAGAACGAUCAUCACCUGAACAGACUUCGACAAAAUCUCGGCUAACCAACUCCUGUAAUUGUGAUGAUUUGGCACCGGUACAAUGUCACUUGGAAACAAAAGAAUUGUGGGAUAAAUUUCACGAGUUAGGAACGGAAAUGAUAAUAACGAAAACUGGCCGGCGAAUGUUUCCAACGGUACGAGUUUCAUUUUCGGGACCAUUGAGAUUCAAUCAACCAGCUGAUCGAUAUGCUGUUUUGCUAGAUAUUAUUCCGACGGACGUUAGACGCUAUCGUUAUGCAUAUCAUCGUUCAACGUGGUUGGUUGCCGGAAAGGCUGACCCACCGCCUCCACCGCGUCUUUAUGCUCAUCCGGAUUCACCAAUUAGUGUUGAUGUGCUUCGAAAACAAGUGGUGUCUUUUGAAAAAGUCAAACUAACCAAUAACGAAAUGGACAAAAAUGGACAGAUUGUUUUAAAUUCAAUGCAUCGAUAUCAGCCACGAAUACAUUUGGUUCGAUUGUCACCGGGUCGUAGUAUACCAACAUCACCAAAAGAACUACAAGAAUUCGAUCAUAAAACAUUUGUAUUCCCAGAAACAGUAUUUACGGCAGUGACUGCCUAUCAAAAUCAAUUAAUCACAAAGUUGAAAAUCGAUUCGAAUCCGUUCGCCAAAGGUUUUCGGGAUUCAUCUCGGCUGACCGAAUACGAUAGAGAUCCAAUGGAUCCAUUGCUGCUUGAACAACAUUUACGAGCACCAUUGCGUUUCUUUCCCGAUUCAAUGUUGGCACAAUUUGCUGCACAAGAAUCCGAAUCAGCAUCAGCUGUUUUGUUGGAAAAAGCACGACAACACUUGCAAAUGAUGGGCCGUGCACCUUAUCCCGAACUACUUUUGCCACAAAUGUACCAACGCCCAAAUUUUCCGCCAUUUGGAAAUUUGGGUUUGUGGCAAAGUCAACUGCCGCCGCAACUAUCUGCCGGUUUUUUGUCGGCGGCCGCUUUUGCUAUGGGCAAUCGGGCACAAAUUUUACCAACAACAUCAACUGCAACUCAAUCUAUGCAAAUGCAAAUGCCCGUGACACAAGCUACAUCUAUUUUAAUACCACAAAGUUCCUCAUCAUCAUCAGAUUCAUCGUCACCUGAUUUGCGUGUUAAAAAUUUUGCACGUUUCAGCCCAUAUCCGCUAUCAAAUCAUCAUCAAUUGAGAGGACAACAAUCAUCGCCACCAACACGAAAUUCACCACAUUAGUUCGGUAUUAUCAUAUCACAAACACUUUGUACAAACAUUUGUGUACUUCAAGUUAUUAUUUAUUAGGAAGAAAAAAAGAGAGACUAUUUUAAUCUGUGCAUUUUGGCUAGUAUAACAUUUCUGUAUUGUGAAAUCGGUGUUUAAUUCGAUAAAUUUUUUGUUUUGUGUUAGAAAUAGGAUUUUCUUUCCACAGGAAAUUGGUUUUCAAUGAUAGAAAUUAAAAU